AUGAUACUUCGUCAUCUUGGUCGGGCUGUGGGCGGUCUUCUCAAUGCCUGGCUGUUCUCCGGGCAACGACCAGCGAAAGGGACCACAGCCCGCACCACAAGCUCGAAUCAGGACGACGCGGAGAAAGAGUCGGCCUCAUCAGAUUCUGCUAGCGAGGCUUUCGAGUUGCACAAGCCUCGAAGUCGGCAAGACCGCUAUGCGAUCAAGGGGCUUGUGUGGUUAUGGCGCCACCCAGCGAGCUUCAUUUUUUUCAUCGGUACCACCUACAAAUGGGCUCUAGCCGCUCUGUACAGUCUCCUGGCCAAAUUGCACGAACCUGUGCUGUCUGCAAACACCCUUUGGGCAGAGCAAUCCGAAGCCUGGCGCGCAGCACAUGGCAGCGAAGCAGUUUCCAUUUUGAUCUUUGCGCUAAGUAGCCGUGAAGAGCUACUCCACGCCUACACGCUCUACGUCACGAUGACAGGCGCCAAGCCAUCUCAUCUCGACACAUCACCGCGACUGGUUCUGUCAGAACGACUGCGUCGUAAGCUUAUAAGGCUCACUAGCCGAGCUCAGAUGUACGACAUUGCAGAAUGGCUCUGCGACGAUCUUCAGAGGAAGGCGCCCGUUGACACGGACGGGUCGCGAAGACUCGAGGAGGGCACGUUGCGUACGCUCGUCAUGCACUACGCUCGACUGGGCGCAUCGGAUCUGGUCCAAUCUACGCAUCAGACCCUGAUGCGACAGGCCCCACAAGCGGAGGAUGCCUUCGGUCUGCUGCCAGCGGCUGAAGCGCUUUGUGCCUCAAGGAGGGGUGACUUGCCCGGUGUCAUGCGGGCUUAUGGCCUACAUUUAGAAGACGGCCAGCCCUUUGGUUCAGUCUUACCGGACGACGCCAAGCUUUCUCUCCCUCGUGCAGCACCACUGCGACUUAUGGAAGCCUUGACUUACGGUGACCAUGUUCCCGAGGCCGAGGCGCUGUACGAUCGCGUGCUUGAAGUGUACGGCCGCGUGACGCCCCAAAUAUUCGACCUCCUGAUGGACAGCUACACAAGACAAGGGGACCUUGGAUCAGCCCUUUCGCUAUAUGACGAGCUGAAGGCAAGCUCAAUGCCCUUGAGUAUCCGGACCUACACAUCCCUUGUCACUGGUUUUGCGCGCCGCAAAGACCCUGAGAGCGCUUAUCGAGCAGUGCAAGCGGCAAUCGCCGACGGUCUGAAGCCAGAUCAGAUCAUGUGGAACGCUUUACUCAAUGCUUACGUAGAGUGUGGCCAAUGGGAAGCCAUGACAGCCUUGGCAGAAUGGAUGAGGAACCAUCCUUCUUUAGCUAUGCGGCCUUCGGCCGACACGCACAACAUCCUACUUAAAGGCCAAAUGAUGAGUGGAAGUAGCCCCGGGAGAGUGAGAGAACUGUUCGACGAUAUCCGCAAAAGCCACCGCCCAAACGAACACACUUGGGCAUAUCUUCUGCAAACGUAUUGUGACCGCGGACUACUGAAAGAAGCCUUUCAAAUCUUUCAACAGCUUGACGACGCUUUGCGAAAGCCAUACGUCUCAGCGCACAAGGGCGGUGGUGCGACGGGCUGGCAUUUCACAAUCCUCAUGCACGCUUACAUCCGGCACAAGCGUUUCAAUGAAGGUCGCCAAGUAUUCGAGGAAAUGCAGAGGCGUGGCAUACAACCCAACAACGUCACUUGGGGUGUCGUCAUCUCGGGAUACGCGCGGAUGCGUCAUGGCGAGGGUCUGUCUAUUGCGAAAGAGAUAGCGGAUCGCGCUGCUAUCGAGUCGAGUCAGCCUCCACACCUCCACGAUACGACGUGGAGCACACCUGCACUUCGCCAACGUAUUCAUUCACAAGCGUUGUACCUCCCAAUUUUGUUAGCAGCUACACGGAGCGGCAAUCCGAAAGAGGCACAAGACGCAGUACAAAGCAUUGCUGCUUUGGGCAUUCGAGUCUCUUCUCACACAUGGAUCACCCUGUUGGAUGUUCAUCGCAAGUCCCGCGAUCUCGACGCUGUGGCACGAGUAUGGGACUCCAUCUUCAGGGACGCGAUCAAGCAACGUGACGGAAAAUACACACUCGAGGACGGUGUUGCUGCGCAAGCUGAGCACGAAGCAACGGGAGUUCAUCCGCCACUCAAGCUUCCCGACGUUAGAUCGUAUACGCGCAAUUUGCUCUGCGUGCCCCUCUCUAUGGCGAUCGAUGCGUGUUCUGCGGCGGGACGACACGACGACGUCGGCCGACUGUGGGCGCAGGUGAGAGACAACGGAUUUGCGUUUGAUCCACAAAAUUGGAACGACCUAGUCGUAGCCUUGCUCAGAGCAGGCCGACUCGAGGACGCGCUACGCAUUGUCAACGACCUCUUGCUCGAGGCCGAUCACCAGCCACCACCUGGCGUCUUGAAAGGUGGACACGAAGCUUCUGGUACACCGGACGAUGACGAGAGCUCUCGGCUCGGUGACGAGAGUUCUAUUGGUCAUGCCGAUGCCGAAGUGUCUGCCACCGAAGGCGAAGCAUCAGCAGCGCAAGUUCACGACAGCAGCAAUCCAUCAAGCGGCGUCAAGGAGCCCAUCAUCAUCAAUGGCGAGAUUGUGUUCUCAGAUGCAGACUUAAUCAAGCAAAGAGAGCCCACGUACCCUAUCUACCCCCGUCAGCGCCGCGUCAUGUCCUUCCAGGUUCGGGAGCCGGUGAGACAGGUCAGACGACCGCCCCGACCCAUUUCAAGGGCUUCCUUUACACCCGUAGAGGAGAAAGCGAAGAGUCGACAAGUUCGACCAUUCUACCCGACUUUGCUGCAGCACGAUUUCGGCGCAGAGAGUGCGCCUGAUCUUGCAGCAGCGACUCGACCUUUCUUCCCAGUUGAGUCUGAGCUCGAUCCCUUAUCGAACGAACUGGUCCAUGAGCUCGCAUGGACUCUCGAUCGGAGCCGAGACGAGGCUUCGGGUGCAGCAUUGAGGGCCGCUUCGAUAUAUCCAUUGGACGACGAGGUAGGGCGUUGGCAGACUCAAGCCGGACACCAAGCAGAUGUCUCAGCAUCUGUCUAUGCUGCUGAUGACACAGAGGGUGACGUCCCGACUGAGAGCGGCGCAGACAUUAACGAGCAAAUGUCUUUUGCAAUCAAAGAUGCUGACUUUGAGGAGCCCAAUUCGGCUUUGGUCGAGGCGUUAGUCCGACGCGCCGAUGCCGGAGACUUCACAAGUAGACGCUUCACCGCUGCACCUCCAUCACCUUCAACAAGGGCGCACAAAGGGUCGCGUUCACCCAAAGUAUCCAAGGAAACCAAGAGAUCACGAUCAUUCAAAGCAUCCAGAGGCUUGGUGGACCGAAAGAGUGAAUCUCAAAUAACAGAGGACAUUGAGGCAGGCCCAGACAAACAUAGACAGGAUCAUCCCGAACAAGGGUCGCGUUCACCCAAAGUAUCCAAGCAAACCAAGAGAUCACGAUCAUUCAAAACAUCCAGAGGCUUGGUGGACCGGAAGAGUGAAUCUCAAAUAACAGAGGACAUUGAGGAAGGCCCAGACAAACAUAGAAAGGAUUCUCAUCCCGAACAAGGGUCGCGUUCACCCAAAGUACUUAAGGAAUCCAAGAGAUCACAAUCAUUCAAAGCAUCCCGAGGCUUGGUGGACCGGAAGAGUGAAUCUCAAAUAACAGAGGACAUGGAGGAAGGCCCAGACAACCAUAGACAGGGUUCUCAUCCCAAACAAGAUGUUGAGACGGGUGAUUUCGAGGAAGAGGACGCACCCGAAGAUAUUCUUUCCGACCCACCUCCCUACAUGGAGUACCUAGACCGAGUUGCACAUGGCCACGUCAAUGACUUCCAAGCUAACUCGGCGCAGAAAAGCCUACUUUCCGGUCCGCGCGCUCGAAGCUUCUGGUUCGCCAACUCUGAGACUCUGGUGUCCAUCCUAGCCACGAUGCGCAAGCUGCGUGAUAAACGUUUCAACCCAAGGGAGCCAUACGCAGUACCUGGAGCGGUCAGGGUCGAUCGCGCCCUGCGCAUGUAUCCGCGAGCUGCCGGACGGCUCUACUCCUACUCUCGCAGCCUGGUUUAUCGUGAAGACGAGAGGAAGCUGCGCGCUCAGAGAGGCUGGCUGGAAGACGAACGCGGUCCAAAUGUGCCGAAGGAACUCAAUACUUUGCUUGGCUCUCUGCCCGAACGUCCCGACCAGGACAGCAACGACUCGCUGAGUGACUUGGACAGGAUCAGGCAGGAUCCUUCAUUCUGGACUUUCGCCAAGAAACCGAGUGGAUCCCCUACUAGGCGAGACCUACCGAAGCCGAGUAGAUUCUACCCUGCGCCAGACACACUAGGCAAAGAUGAGGAAACUACGACGCAAGACAAAGGUUUGGCAGACGCCUCUUCGGAUCAUACGCGCUCUCACUCAACGCCUUCGGCACAGGGGCCAAGUGACAAAUACGGCGCGCGAGAUCGAAGGGCGACGCGCGGCACCUCUGGCUCUUCGAAGACGCCCCUUCCAGCCGCACGUCCUCCAGGGCCGCCCGUCCCGCCCCACUUGUUGCGCCGACAGUAA